AUGAGGAAAAUAGUGGGAAAUUUACUAAAGGAAGCGGAAGCCACAAUGAGCAGCACGAAAGAGAAGCGCGGUGCCGUAUUUGCCGAGACAACAGCGUUGACAAAUACUGUUAAGUCUUUCCGGUCAACAUUUCAUAUAGCUGAUUUUAAGAAAAACAAAAGGAAUAUAACAAGAAUUGAGCGAAAGCAACCAGUAGAAUUCCGAGAUCAAGAAGUCAUUCAAGUUAAAGGACAAAAUUGCUGCGCCUGUGCAAGCACACCUGGUGUCGUGGUGGUCAGUUCAGGACGUCGACAACUCGUCUGUUGCCAAUUCAUCCGCAGAUUUCGACGUAUUAUACCAGCUAUGUUACUAUCCAUACUGUUGUUGUACUAUGCAGUUUCCGAUGCCUCCGAGCACUACUGUCCCGGCGGCGGUGCAGUAGUUGUUGGAUUCAGCGGGAACCUGGCCAGCUGUGAUCUACUCAAUCAAUGCAACAAUGGCCAGAUCUGUAAUCCACAACUAGGCGUCUGCUGCACUAAAAUCCGAACAUGUCCACGGCCAGCGAAGGCCAUUUUGAACGCAAUCACGGGGAAGCCGAUUCUUUGUCAGAUCAAAUUCGGACGAGCCAUGCCGUGUCCCAACGGAGGAUAUUGUGAAACAAAGACUGGAUUCUGUUGCUUAUCUGGAAAUGCAGCGGUGACCACAACACCACAAGUGCCAACUCGUCCUUGGCUCGGACAAUUUUGUAAAAUUCGCGACGGAUGUGAAGGUGGUGCUGUAUGCAUGUGCGACAGUAGGAAUAAAUGCACUUGUGAUUGCCCAGCUGAACUCGGAUACGCAAAAAGUUCAGAUGGGCGAACGUGUCAACGAGUCAGGAGACGACUGAAGGAAAAAUGUAAAACAGAUAUGGAAUGUUCGGCAGCAUUCUCAGAAUGUUCCACUGGUGGUUGUCGAUGUAAAAAGGGGUUCCAAAGGGAUGGAAAAGGAGGAUGCAAGCCAAUUAGCUACAACUGCGUUAAUAACGGUAAAGCACUAAUGAUUUCGGACGAGAUUGUGCACUGUUCUAUGAGAGCCAGCAUUGCUAAACUGACUUUCAACAGUUCGCCGAAGAACACCACGCGAACGCCAAAGUUCAAAUCUGUGAACGCUACAGCUGACUGGUCCGGAAACCGUGAUGACGAUUGCCCAGAAGAGUAUUAUUGCGUACCGUUAUUCGACGAUGCAUCGAAACCUGGUUAUUAUCAGGGUUUCUGCUGCCCUUCUCCCGGAAAAACUCGUCCCGUCUGCCCUGUGGGUGAGCCACAUGAGACGAGUUUUCCGCCCGAUUACGGUUGUGAUGACUGUCCAAUAGAGUACUACUGUCACAGGGAUGCAUUUUAUAGGGAGAAAGCGAUUUGCUGCGCUAAACCAUGUAUCUCUCUGGAAGAUGUUUAUCACGAAGGACAAUGCUAUCCGACAGCAUUUUAUGGUGAUAGCUGUCAUAUUUCUGCACAAUGUUCACCAUCACGCAAUUCAACGGAUGAGUUUUCUGAGAAUUCACCAUUGGAAUGUGUGAAAGGAGUGUGCACGUGUCGCGCUGGAUUCAGCCAUAUUGAUGGCGAGUGUAAACGAGUAAUGUGCACCGUAGGACUUCGUGGCGAGCCGUCAGUUGAUAGAAACAACCAACUGAUACGAUGUGAACGGUCCGCGGAUUGUUCUCAAGGUCAAAUGUGCGAUCCGAAUACACAUGUGUGCUGUAAAGGAACGAAUAGAUGCCCGAAAGAUUACGUCGAAACGGGAGAGACAUGUGAGAACGAUCGCUGUCAAGAUCCCGACAAUAUUUGUCAUCGACCCAAAGCAGGAAAGGUCAAAAUUUGCUGCACAUUAGAUGGCGUGUAG